AUGGAAAGUGGGGACGCUCCAGCGGAGGGAGAGACUGCAGUGGAACAGCCACAAGAGGAACUGCCAAAGACGCCCCAGAUUUCAGAGAUGCCGGAGGAAAAAGAAGUCGCUCCUUCUCAAGCGCCAGGCGCCGAAUCGCCAAUGGAUUCUGACCGAGCUCAAGAAUCGCUCGGCACAGGAGAUGUGCAAUCGAUUCAGGAAGAAAAGGAUGGGUUGGAAAUCGCGUGCCUUUCCGAUGAAAGCCAAGGACGCGUGUUUUCCAGUGAAACUAUUUCAAUAAGCGUCCAGAAGCCAAAAGUUGAAGAAGGAACAGGACCGAAAGAAACUGCGAAAGAAAGUCAAGGAAGCGCGGAAUUGAACGAGUUAUUUCCCAAAACUCCAGGGACUGACAUGAUCGACUUGACUACCGACGACGAAGAGAAGAAGAAGACGCCUCAAGCAGCUACAGUCGAAGAAGCUGAAGAGGGACCAGCAGCAGAUGUCGUCGUUGAAAAUGCUCGAUCGGAGAAUGCGGCGACAGAAGCGAAUAAAGAAGAAACGAAAGAGGGCCCCUCGAACAGUAGAAAGCGAAAGAUAAACAUGGCUUGGGCGAUGCCGCCAGAAGAAGACCCGUUUUCGGAAGCGCAAGAUAUUGACUUCGUCAACGUCGCCUCAGUAGCUCCAUCCACCCAAGAAGCGCCGGUUCCAGAAGACGAGCCAGUAGUCAAAAGACGGCGGCAGCGCGGGGAACGACUGCGUUUCGAGGAGUUUGAAAGCGAACUUGGCGAGGUCUUCGGAUACGAGUGCACCUUCCCGCUGCCGGAAUCGAUGGUCUUCCGGCUGGAGCGCGGUUUCGAAAACAACGGAUUGCGUAGUCCGAUGGGCAUCGUCGCGUUCGAAGGAGCGAGUGCAGAUACGAAGCUGGUUGCCGUGGCGAACACGCACUGUGGAUCCGGCGAACUGGAAUUCAUGCAAAUCAAGCACGGACAAAUCAGUUUGAUCUUCAAGCUGCCUGUGAACGGAGUCGAUUGCCAAGAACCAACUGCUGUCACCGCGCUGAAGAACAAUGGACUUGCGUUUUUGGACAAAUGUGGGUUCACGAUCGUCCAUUGGACGGAAACGAAUGGGCGCUUCCAACUGAGCCAGAAGAAGGCGUUCCGAAUGCUGAAGCCGCGACGAGGACCGCCAAUGUUCGCGACACGCGGCAAAACCGGUCCGUGUUUCGGCGUAUUCUGCAGCCGAAAGCAGGAGGUCGGCACCUUCGUAAACGACAUCAACCGUGGACCGGUGCUGUUUUGGUGGAACCCCUUCAGCGGCCAGACGCGAACCGUGGAAGUCGACAUCAAUCGCUACGCCCAAGUUCGAUUUGCCAAGCACCACGGAGACGUUGUCGCCCUCAGCGACAUGAAUAGAAACGGCUUCGCUCUCUGGCUCGUCAACCUGGAAGGCAAGCAGCUCAAGAAGAUCGACCUCCGACAACAUGCCGUGAUCCAGCCGGCAGGCGUCACCUUCGAUCGAAACGGAAACGUUCUCCUUGCUGAUAGCAAGGGCAAAAGAAUUCUGCGAUUCGACGAAAAAGGCGACUAUACCGGUGACGUUGAAUUCGAUGUCCCCUACGAGCACAGGAUUACGGACAUCUCACUUGACGCCAGUGGCCAAUUAACGAUCUUGUCUUUGAACAAGCACCUGGCCUUUUACCGCUGCGAGGAGCAAUACGUCGACCCUGCUGCUGAUCCCUUCGCUGAGACAUCCAAUAUCGAAGUCAACCAGGAGCCGGAAAAGAGCGCGUACGAGGAGAGCAAAGACGACUUCGCCGCGGACAUGGCCGAAUUUGCCGAUCUCACCAGCGAGCAAGGCGAAGGCGGCGGUGGUUUCAGCUGGAGCAAGAAGUCGCCAAAGAAAGAAAGCAGCGGCGGAGACUGGCAAAAUAACUCGCGCGAUUCGUCCGCCGGAAAAGAUCUUUGGGCGUCGAAAGAAUCGAAAAACGACGAUUCUUGGCCGAAGUCACAGGCUUUGUCGCCGAAAAACGCGUGGCAAAAGCCCUCUUCUUCGGAAGAAAACUCGUGGUCAAAGCCGACAACGCCAAAGUCGAGCAACAAGGAACCUUGGCCGAAAUCGUCGAAUAAUGAUGGCUGGGCGAAACCAGUUUCUCCAGCUUCGAAGAGCCAGAACGCCGACUCGUGGUCGCAGCGGUCUCCUCGAGACGAAGCUAACCCCUGGCCCAACAAUCAAUCGAACGAUGGAAGAAACGACAGUUGGGCGAAGCCAAAGUCCGGCGGAUCCUGGUUCAACAACGGCAACAACGAUCAGCCCCGCCAAUCCCGUUCUCGAUCAAACAGUUCUUCAUCCCGCGGUCGCAGCAGAAGCCGAACACCAUCCAUUCCUCGAGAUCAAACAUGGGGAAACAACGGUGCUCCAAGAUCGUCCUACUCGCGAAGUCCCUCUCCAGCUGCUGGUAAAACAUGGGGGAACAAUGCUCCGCGAAGAUCGAACACGCGAAGUCCUUCACCAGCUGCUGGAAAAGCGUGGGGAAAUAACCGAGACCGCAGAGACAGUUGGAAUAGCCAGAGCAGCGCACGAAGCCAGAGCUGGGACUCCAACGGCCCCGGAAAUCAACGACGUGCAGGAGCGAGCUCAAGUGGAUGGGGAUCCCAAGAAAGAACGAACUCAUCUGCUGCUGGUGCUGGUUGGGGCAAUAAUUCCAAGACAGGGGCUUCACAAGACGCUGGCUGGGGAAACUCGUCGCAAGAAAAGCCUAACUCCGACUGGGGCAGCAAUAAUUCUCAAACAGAGCCAACAGAGCGAAACGCUGGAAGCGAUUGGGGAACGAAGACCGCCGCGAACGAUGAUGGAAACUGGGGCUCGGCAUCAACAAAGACUAACGGAGCUGGAUGGGGCACCACUUCUUCUUCAGCUGGCUGGGGUGCUUCGGAAAACAAGUCGCCAGCGAGACCAAGUGCAACAGAAGGCUGGGGCGCGCAAGAGAAGACUAAUUCGCCGGCGAAAGAGAGUGGAAGCGGAUGGGGCGCAAAGCUCGAUUCCCCACAAAAAGAAAAACCCGUCGGAAGUGGAUGGGGAAAUGCUCCGGAAACGAACUCGUCAGCGACUACCGGCUGGGGUGCUCCAGCAAAGACUUCUUCUGCUUCUGAAAGUGGAUGGGGAACGCCACAAACGAACGAUCCCCCAGUCAAAAGCAGCGGAGGAUGGGGCGCACAAGAAAAGAACAGCUCGCCAGUGAAAUCCACAGAAGGAUGGGGAGCUCCAGCGAGAGAUCAAUCGCCUGUAAAAGCGAAUGGCGGAAAUUCUGGCUGGGGCGCGGAGAAUAAAGCGUCGCCUGUUGAAACCGUCUCGACUGGCUGGGGAGCUCCUGAAGCGUCGAACAGUACUUGGGGCAGUCAUAAGAAGAGCGACAAUCCGCCAGCGAAACCGACCAGUGGAUGGGGUGCUCCUGAACCAGAAUGGGGAAACGCUACUGCGCCAGAAAUCGAACCAGAACCGAUGCAGAGCGAUUCGUUGAGUGGCUGGGGCGAGAGUGGAGCCACAGCUGAACCGGCUACUCUUCGAAAUCCGCCAGUGAAAUCGCCGGCGGUAAAGCGCUGGGAGUUGAAGCCAGAGCCCGUGGAAACGCCUUCGUCAAAGUUCCUCGAAGGGAUUAUGACUACUUCGACUUCCAAGCCGACAGAUCCUCGUCUCAAGAAGCGAAUCAGCCUCGGCGAUUACAAGAAGCGACCGACUUCAACACCAUCAGUGGAGAAAGCAAACGAAGUCGUGGUGAUUGCCGAUUCGCCCGCCCCAGCGGAGAAGGAUGAAAAAGAAGGUGAAGAGGUUAAGCUUGUUGCUGAGACACCAGCGCCGCCCAAAUCAGAAGAGGCCUCGGCUAAAGAAACUGAAAAGAAGGGAGAGGAGAAUCUCAACGAUAGCUUCGAAGAGCCCUACUCACCAGAAAGCCCAGCGUUCGAGCCCGCCGAAGGACCCAUUCCACCAGCUCCUCUUGUUCUUCCAGCGCCGCCCACUGCCGCCGAAGAGGAGGAAUUGCAAAAGUCAGUGCUAGCUGAUCUCGAGGAGCCGAAAUUGAAAAUGCUUUUGUAA